AUGCCUCCAUCAGCUGUUGUGCAUGUUAUGUUAAUAGACCAGCACAUGCGUGCUUUGACUACCAAAUUCGCCGUGAUGUCUUCAAUGACGGAAGACGUGAAAGAGUACUGCGGUAACAUCCCAGCUGACGUGGUGUUCGUGCUGGACAGUUCCAACUCCGUCCAUGACGUGGACUUCAAGAAACAGCUGGACUUCGUGUCUGACGUGGCCAGUAUGUUCCAGAUUGGGGAGAACAUGACCCAGGUUGGACUAUUGACCUUCACAGAAAGGGUUCAUCUCAAUUUUUUUCUCAACGCCUACAAAACCAAGGCCAGUUUGAUACGAGGCAUUAAAAGUACCUACAAAGAAAACGGCCUCGGCACCAGGACAGACCUGGCCCUCCACUUCAUGAGGAAGAGGAUGUUCGUGCCGCUGACCGGUGCCAGAGAGAACGUGUCACGUGUGGCCAUCAUCAUCACCGACGGCAAGAGCGAGUACCCCAUCAAGACGCUCAUCGAGUCGCAGAUAGCCAAGAAACAAGGCAUCCAUAUUUUCACCGUGGGUGUUGGUGUAGCUGUGAACGAUGAUGAGAUGAGGAGGAUGGCCAGCUACCCACCCGACGAAAACGCCUUCACCGUCAAAACCUACUCGUUUCUCGACGCCAUCAAAAAUAAACUGGCCGUCAGAACGUGCACGAUCACCACCCUCCCUCCGUCCCAAACCACCACAAAACGCCCCACCACUGAGCCCAGCACCACAACUACCUCAACAACCACGACCACCCCGACCACCACCACCAGCACCACAACGGAACCAACGACACUUUUGAUCACGGAACCAGUGACAACCACGCCUGAGACCACAACUACUACCACAACCACCACGACCACACCCACCACAACGGAGCUCCCCACACCCUUAACCACAUCGCGAGUGGAUAUCAUUAGAAAAGUGUGUGAGAUGAAGACGGUGGACGUCGUGUUCGCUCUGGACUCCUCCACCAACAUCUCCCCCAUGGCCUUCUGGCACCAGGUCAAGUUUGUUCGUGACGUCACCGUGGGGCUGGACAUCGGGUUCGACCGGACGAGGAUUGGUGUCGUCAUAUACAGUGACAAGGUGGUGUCCGUGUUCAACGUCAACGAUCACGAGACGUUAAACGAGGCACUGACGAAGUUGUACAAGAUAGAGCGGACUGAGGGGAGCACCAAGAUUGACGAGGUCAUCCACUAUGUGCGGACCAAGAACUUCAAGAGAAGCGUGGCCAGAAAGGAUGUCGCUCAGCUGAUGGUCUUAAUUACUGGAAGUUCUUCUAAAAAUCUCCACAAGGUGAAGAAGGAAGCCAGUAUGGCGAGAAAGACAGGCAUUGAAAUCAUGGCCAUCGGUGUGGGCCGCAAGUACAACCCCGAGGAACUACAGGUACUCGCCGGGUUGAACUCCGUAGACAGCAGCACCGACAACAAAUUCGCGCCCUUCUUUGAGGUCGGCGAGAACACGAGACGCCGCAAGACCUUUAUCGUGGGCUCCUUUAGUGAGCUGGACACUAUCGUCACAGAGACAGCCGUAGAGCUAUGCACUGGUGGGUGA